AUGCUUUCAAUAGAAAAAGAAAAUUCAAGAGUUGCUACAACUAAACCAUUAGAUGAACUUUUUACUAAUGUCGGUCAAAAGUUUGAGACAGAGACCGUAAAGCAUGAAGGCUAUCGUUUUGACUACCCAUUAAGAUGGCUAAGAGACCCAUCUGUCACAAAAGCUAUUGGCUUUCGUAGAAUGAAGUUUGUGUCUGUAGAAGAUAAAAGUUUUCCAUUUAUUGUAAGGUUUCAUAUAGAUUAUAUAUCUGAAGGGAAACGAAAAAUGUGGGAAGAAAUUGAGCUAAUACAAGUUGACCUUUCAUCUUCUCUACAGACUGCGUUAAAAAAUAUAGAAGAUAAAAUAAAUUCAUGUUAUGCAAAAUAUGCUGAUGAAUAUGCAAAUACCGAGAGCACACUUUAUGUGA